AUGCUCGGUACCCUGCGCUCAUAUCUGCUUCGCCCGCUCACCACUCGUGGACGCAGUCACUGGCACGCAGUACCGAGCCGAGCACUCGUGGCCGUAGCAGAGCGCCCUGCUGGCCCUGGAGGCGUGCAAAAGCGCACCGAACGCGUCGUACCGAGUGAGGCCGCUCGACAGGAGCGCACUGCCCGUCUGCGUCGCGCCGUAGACCUUCUACAAAAUCGCAUUUAUCCCUUUCUAGAGCAAAAGGUUGCUGGCGAGGCCGAACGCAAGGACCUCCUGGCCGUUCUGGAGCAGGACUCGAGUCGCUUCGAAGAUGAACGAGCCAUUCGUGACUGGGUUGAGUCACAGAUUCAGGAAGCGAUUCGGCAAGGGGCGUUCGAGCGGCUCCCACGAGGGCCACUGCAGCUGCCGCAACCACCACUCGGUGUCGACCUUGUCACGUAUACCAUGCAUGGUCUUUUACAGCGGCACGGACUGCGACCUGUCUGGAUAGAAUGUAUGCAUGAAGUAGACGCCGAAGUGAAACGUAUUCGUCUGGCUCUGGAACGAGCGUAUCGAGCUCGAGUUGCUACCGCCGAGGACACGUCACCUGCGAGCACAGCACAACGAGCUGAGCGCUGGGAGGCAGCAGCGCGGGAGCUCCAGGAACAGAUGCAUCAAGUGAACCGACGAAUUGAUGCUUUUAAUCUCAUGAAACCCGAGCGCCUGGACACUGUUUUCCGACUGCGCAUGCGUUGGGAGCACGAAUUCAUGCGCGUCAAGCAACGAGUGGAAAGCGAGUACUCAGCUGAACCGCGUAGCAGUUUAGCUCCGGAGGCAACGGACCCGAAAGCUUGA